AUGUCACCAAAUGGCUACCCCGUACCACCACCGUCUUACUCUGGACAACAGCCUAAAUCUCCCGACCAAGAACCACUCUUGCCAGACCACACCGAUAAGCGUCGUGAUGGCGCUGGCUGGGGACAAACCAAUCUCAGGAACUCGUGGAGCGAUCAAGCCCAGCCUGGUGACAUUCCUGAAGACUUUCUGAUCGGCGUCACCGUUUCUCAAUCGAGUAUCGAGAUCAGGAUGGCAUUCAUUCGAAAGGUCUAUUCCAUUCUUUUUCUCCAGAUUGCAGCCACGACGAUCGUUGCUAGUUUGAUGCGGCUCGACAGCUGCCGAGCCUUGCUUCUGGCACACUCCUGGAUCAUAUUCAUCCCCCUCGUCGGUGCUCUGGUUAGCAUGUUGGUGCUUUUUGCCAAGCGCCAUUCAUCGCCCGCCAAUUUGAUCCUUCUGGGGCUCUUCACCGUGCUGGAGGCCAUGGGGCUUGGUGCCGCGGUGGCCUUUGUGAAUACGGUCAUCGUCCUUGAAGCACUUGUUCUGACCGGAUUGGUCUUUAUCGGCUUGACCAUGUACACCCUACAAUCGAAACGGGACUUUAGUGGAAUGGCCCCCUACUUGGGCACUGCCCUUAUGGUGAUGAUCUUUUCGUCCUUCCUCACCCUCUUCUUCCCUCUCAGUCGGACGAUGGAUGCUGUUUACGCCGGGUUCGGAACGCUCGUCUUUUCGGCCUAUAUUGUGUUUGACACUCAAAUGAUCUGCAAACAUCUGAGCCCCGAUGACUGGGUCGUUGCCUGUGUAUCACUUUACCUUGAUGCUGUGAACCUCUUCAUCAACAUUGUUCGCAUCCUUUCUGACCUCCAAGAGCGUUAA